UUACGCAGCACUACUGACUGGUUGUGUGCACGCGAGAGCUCCGGUGAACGGGUACGGAUACGUUAUUUUUCGAACACGAAUUCGAGUCUGAGGCUUUUGAGCGAAGUCAUCGAAGUUGUUUUUUGGUUGUCGCGUGAAAAGAAACAAGAAAGAAAAAACCGUCGUAACUCACACGUGUGUGCGUGGAUUUGGAAAACGUGUAACGCGGAAGCUUUUCCCCAUUCGACAGAGCAAAACAAUCUUAGUGGCUGUUUUGCCGCGGGCAUUAACCACUCUAUCACCUUCUGUCUGGAGCACCUUUAACCUAACCCCCGCCGUCGGCGUUUUUGCACGACCUAUGACCUGGACGCAGCUGCUUAUUUAGUUAUCAAAGAAAAAGAAGAAGUCACCUAAAGUACGAUCGGUGGGAUCUGUCGGCAAUAAAGAGCUAAAAAGCCGAGGCGCAUCCGCCUCACUAAUGCCUUAUCAGUAGCUAACAUCUUGGGCUGCCGUAGAAACUCGAACCGAUCUCCAAUGUGUCCUCAAAAAAACACACAGAAAGAACGACCCACUACCACUCAAUUUGGAUUUCGGAGUGCCAUUCUCUCGCGCUGUCUCGUAAAUUAAUGUCAUAAAUUAAUUUGGAACUCUCUGGCUCUGUCUCUGUCUCUCUCUCUCCGUCGCUGACAUUGCAACCGGUGUCGCUUGUCCGUUGCCGUUGCCGCCGCCGCGAUCGUAGUCCGUGCGGUCAGGAGCCUAUAUCUACCUAUAUCUACCUGACAUCGAGUCAAGUGAAUUGUGUCUGUGUUUGUGUUGUUGCUGUUGUUCUGUUGUUGUUGUUGUUGAUGGUGCUGUGUGUUUUUUCGUGUGAUUGUGUGCGUGUGUCUCCAUCAUCGUCAUCGUCCUCGUCAUCUGUGUGCUCGUGUGUGUGACCCUAAUGUUCCUUAAAUUACCUUGAAUCUAAAAAAGAAAAGAAUACAAAAAAUAAUAGAAGAUAUCGAAUCUACAUUCAUAUUUAGUGAAUUAUUAACCAAUACAAUAAUAAAUCUCAAUACGCACACACACACACACACACACACACCUGCACAUGCAUAUGCAUUGGUAUACCACAAUAAACGUCUUCAAAAGCCCAGCGAAGAAUUGUUAAAUUCAAGAAGAGAAGAUGCCAAACAUGCCAAUAAAAGUGCACAUAAAAUCUUAAGCCCAUAAAUCGACAACGUUCAAAAGAGUGUUUUCGCCCCAACUCGAUCGUAAAUUAAGCUGUCUCUAUCUGGCAGGUCCAAGUGGCAGCAAUAACAAUCAUACGCCAAACGUAUACCCAACAUAGAUAUAUACAAAAAUAUAUACUUAUACAUAUAUAUAUAUAUAUAUGCGACAAGUGUCAGGAUUAAUCAGGACCAAUAUACCGCCAUAGCCUUCUCCACAAUACUCAACACGUCAAACGGAUAAAAAGCAACGAACAUACAACCCGCGACAGACAUCAUCCUUGGAAAUAGACCUCGUGUCAUUCCAAAAGACGCACAUGGGCGUCUGCACCGAGGAGCGCCCUGUGAUGCAUUGGCAGCAGAGCGCAAGAUUUCUUGGGCCCGGCGCAAGGGAGAAAAGUCCAACACCACCUGUAGCACAUCAAGGGAGCAAUCAAUGUGGCAGUGCUGCAGGUGCAAAUAACAAUCACCCAUUGUUUCGCACAUGCUCCUCAUCCUCGUGUCCAGAUAUUUGUGAUCACAGUACAAAGCCAUUUGGCAAUGCAUACGGCAGCAGUGAGUCAUUUAGAAGCUAUGAAACCGCCGAUCGCGCCACAUUCGAAGACUCCACGGCCAAAUUCUCGAUUAGCCGCAGUCGCACGGACUGCACCGAAGUCAGUGAUGAGACCACAUCGGGAAUAUCAUUCAAAACGGAACCCUACGGACCGCCCAGCAGUCCCGAGUCCACCAACGAUAGCAAAAUAACCCGAAGUUUAGAUGAUUGCGCCGGCUGUGGGCGACAAAUCCAGGAUCGUUUCUACCUCUCCGCUGUGGAAAAACGCUGGCAUGCCAGCUGCUUGCAGUGCUAUGCAUGUCGGCAACCGCUGGAACGGGAAUCCUCAUGUUACUCACGUGAUGGCAACAUUUAUUGCAAAAACGAUUAUUAUAGUUUUUUCGGUACUCGCCGAUGCUCGCGCUGCCUGGCCUCCAUUAGCUCCAAUGAGCUAGUGAUGCGUGCCCGCAAUUUGGUCUUUCAUGUCAACUGCUUCUGCUGCACGGUCUGCCAUACCCCGCUCACUAAAGGCGAUCAGUAUGGCAUUAUCGAUGCCCUCAUCUACUGCAGAACCCACUAUAGCAUCGCAAGGGAAGGAGACGCCGCCUCAUCUAGUAUGAGUGCCACAUAUCCAUAUAGCACGCAAUUCGGUUCACCGCACAACGACUCGUCGAGUCCACAGUCGGAUCCCAGUCGAAGUAUUGUUCCUACGGGCAUCUUUGUGCCCACAUCGCAUGUCAUCACCGGACUGCCACAGCCGGCGCGUCAAAAGGGUAGACCGCGCAAGCGUAAACCCAAGGAUAUUGAGGCGUUCACCACGAAUAUAGAUCUCAACACCGAAUAUGUGGACUUUGGACGCGGUUCCCACAUGAGCGCUUCAUCGCGUACCAAACGUAUGCGUACAUCGUUCAAGCAUCAUCAGCUGCGCACCAUGAAGUCCUACUUUGCCAUCAAUCACAAUCCCGACGCCAAGGAUCUGAAACAGUUGUCGCAGAAAACUGGUUUACCAAAGAGAGUCCUACAGGUUUGGUUUCAGAAUGCACGGGCAAAAUGGCGCAGAAUGAUGAUGAAACAGGAUGGAGGACUGAUGGAAAAGGGCGAUGGCACUUUGGACCUGGAUAGCAUCUCUGUGCAUAGCCCCACAUCAUUCAUAAUGGGCGGUCCGAACAGUACUCCGCCACAUAAUAUGGACUAACAGCUGCUGAGGGAGAAUCACGAGACAUCCGCCUAUGGACUGCAGCUCACCAAUUCCGGUGACAAUUGCCUGUCCUGUCCCGAACGAAGCUCGCUGGCGGUUCGGCCACAAUAGCUAAACAACAAGAGAAAUACAAAAGGAUAACGAAUCAGACUAAUCCAUGUCACUCACAUAGUGUGUCAUUCGCAUGGAUGGAUAAUACCCAAAUAUAUAUGAAUAUUAUGUCUAAAGAAUGAUGUUGUUAGACAAGCUGCUAGCUGUUGAAAUGCGCAUAUAUAUAUAUAUAUAUCUUUAUA